CUCGCCUGGGGCUGCGGUUGCCUGGAGCGCACUCCCAACUUCUCCCUCUGGAACUGGCCCGUGCCGGUCACCGACUGUAGGGGCUCCAGGGACGUCUGCCGCAAUAACUGUAACGCGGCCUCCUCGGGUGACCGCAACGAGUGCUUCACCAAAUGUGAUGCCACCCACCAGUGCAGCACCGAAAACGCUCCGAUUUCGUACACCAACUCGACUGGCGUCGAUACCGCACCCAUCUAC